UCCCAGCUGGCGGCAGGCGGUGCGGAAUGAGCUGAGCGCAGGCACCUGCUGGAGACUCCGAAUCACUCCUCCUGCCUCAGCCGCUGAGCCCCGGCUCCACGCACUCAUUCACGCCGUGUGAUAAGUUUCCGAGUGACAGCAUUCACUCACACCGUGUGAUAACUUUCCGAGUGACCGCACUCACGCGUCACUGUGCCCGGCACCAGCUGCAGUGACUGCUGCUCCGAGCGCUCAGUCUCUACCUGCGGCUCUCAUGCUACCUACAGGGGAGCCAUCGGAUAUAUCGGAGAGUACCGGGAAGAGUCCCCGGAGAGACGGCCCGGCGAUGCCUACCGGGUAUGAGAGUGGCGAGGUGCAGAUGUGCCACACGGUCCAUCCCUGGCACUCCAACCACCGGGGCGAGCUCAGCGCUGGACAGCUCCUCACAUGGAUCGACACCACAGCCUGCCUGGCGGCUGAAAGACAUGCUGGCGUGGCCUGUGUGACCGCAUCGGUGGAUGACAUACAGAUUGAAGAGACGGCCAGAGUUGGACAACACAUCUGCAUAAAGGCCAAAGUAAAUCGAGCCUUCAAUACAAGCAUGGAGGUUGGUAUUAAAGUUGCAGUAGAAGAUCCUAUCACAAAUGUCCAGAAGCAUGUUUGCACUGCCUUUUCCACAUAUGUAGCAAAACCAGCUGGUAGUAAGAAGGUUAAUUUAAGACCAAUCAGGCUUCAGUCUUCCCAGGAUCACUUGGAGUACAGUCUGGCAGCAGAGCGAAGACGCAUACGCCUGUAUCACGAAGAUGCUUAUAACAAUCUUAUGGAAGAAGGCUGCUAUGUUUACGAUGUAGAUUGGGAGAACGACAACGAUAAGAUCUCAACAGACAGCACUCGCGUUGAAAGCAUUGAACUGGUUUUACCACCUCAUGCCAAUCAUCAAGGAAACACAUUUGGUGGCCAGAUCAUGGCAUGGAUGGAAACUGUAGCUAAUAUUUCUGCAAGCCGACUGUGUCAUGCACAUGCAACUUUGAAGUCUGUGGAUAUGUUUAAGUUCAGAGGACCUUCUACUGUCGGUGAUCGGCUAAUGUUUCGAGCUAUCGUGAAUAACACGUUUCAAAAAAGUGUUGAGGUUGGUGUUCGUGUUGAAGCUUAUAACUGUGAAGAGUGGACGCAAGGCAGAGCGCGGCACAUCAACAGCGCUUUUCUCAUCUAUCAAGCACUAGACAACAAAGAGGAACAUAUAAUGUUUCCUCACGUCAAGCCCACAACAAAGGACAGCGUGAGGCGCUUCUGUGGAGCCAUCGCACGAAGGAAAAUUCGCGUUGCAAGAAAAUAUAUCCUCACAAGCAAACCUCAGAAGCCCAUUUCUCACCCAUGGGACAGAGGCAACCAGGGAUAUCUUAGUUACAAUAACAUUGCUGCGCUGACAAUACUUGCUGCAAACAGCGGAUGGGAGUUGAGCAGCACAACACAAAAUAUAAAGAUAUUUACUCAUGAAGAAAAUGAUGUACUGUCCAUAAAAGUGGAAAUGCAAGUGAGAGUGCAGCCUAAGCAAGCCUACCUUCUAUUGUCUGACCUCAGCUUACGGCCAAACUGGGACAUGCAUUACUUGAGCUGUGAGGUUGUAGAAACAGCUGGUGAGGAUGAUAAAAUCUUUUACAUUACCUGCCCACCUGUGAAGCAGAGCAAGUCCAGGGAUUUUGUAACCCUUGUGUCCCGCAGAUAUCCCUUUAAGAACGGGGAUCCUUACAUCAUCGCAAUGCGAUCGGUCACUCUGGCUUCAUGCCCUCCAUCAGUCGAGUACCUACGGAGUGAGGUGCAGUGUGCAGGCUUCCUGAUAUACACCCAAGGGAAAGACGCAUGUCGGGUGAGCUACUUAAAUCAACUGACAUCUGGGAUAAUGCCUUAUGUUGAGGAGAAUCUCACUGGAUGGUCCAACUCCAUUGAAGACACCGCGUCUGCAUGUAUUCGAUUCCUAGAAACCGCCAAGGUUUAUACAACAUUACUGUAGAUAUUGUACCCCGACCAAGUAAAGCCACUUAGUAGUUUGAAACCGCUAAGUGGGGUUAAUAGAUUUUGCCAGCAAACGUGUCCAUUUUUUCUUACUCCCAAGGAGGAUUCGUUGGCAGUUAGAGCAGAGGAACAUGGGUACCACAGGCUUGUAAAUGUUAACAUCUGCAGACCAGCCUGGCACUGAAAGGGUUUAUGCAGAGCACAUCAAUAUGAAAGAAAUAAACAUUUUUGCAUUUGAUCGUGUUUGAUCGUAUGACCCGUAACAUGCUACUGCAGAUACAUAGACUCUGUCUGUCAUACUGAGCCUGUCCUCUGUAGGUGGUGGCUCCAUACGCAGUGUAGGUAAUAAACUAGACGUUUGCAGGUGAGAUGAACAUUUCAGCUUCUGAUGUCACUAUGGGUUAUAAAGGGAAGAAUGGCUGAGCUGUUGCCUUAUAAUGUAAAGGUAAGGAGGGGGGAGAACCUCACUACUUUAACACCACAUUAUGCAGGGCGUGCUUUUGCAGCAGCUUACUGGGGUUGGCACUUUGUAAUGCAUAGUGGUAUCAGGGAACCGACAUGUCCAGUCUCCUGCAAACUCAUGUUUUAAGAAAGACACCAGUACAUGGCGUGGCAGCCCGGUUGCUGGUAAAUGUAUAGAUCAACCUAAUAGCUAGGUUGUACACCCUGCUCCCAAGGUGCGGCUGUGCUAUAUUGUUUGCAGAACUGCAAAAGGCACAUUCUGCCCAGUAGCAGUUUGGACUUCUGUGCCAGUGAUGCAAAUAGGAAACCUUUUUAUAUCCCAAUAUCUUGUGAUAUAAUAUGUAUUUGUUAGAUGUUUCUUUGGUUAAUGUGUAUAUACACAUAUUUGUGCUGACUUUCAAUGUUGGCAUAACUGAUGCACUUAAAGCUCACUGAGCUUUUUUUCCUCUGAUUUGAGGAUUAGAGAAAAUGUGUGUGACAUGCAUUUAAAAUGUGAUUGUUUUGGGAAGAAAUGUGAGGAUUAUCGCUAAUGUUGAAUUUUGAAUGUAAUGAAAUGUUGCAUAUACAAUGAAUAUCUUUAGGAAGGAAUUGCAGGAGUUACGAACCUUUUAAUGGAUUAAAAGAAAUCUGUGUCUGUCCUCUAAUCCACUGUGAUGUAAAAUGACAUUAAAACAAUAAUAAAAAGAAAAUUAAAACUUGAUUGAAAA